AUGGGAGUUCCCGGACUUCUGAAGUUCUUCGCCUCCAAGAUGGAGCCUGUUCAUAUCGACGCCUAUCGCGGCAAGCGAGUAGGCAUCGACAUCAGUGGGUGGUUGUACAAAGGAUGUUGUGGUUGGUCAGCCCUUGACAUCUUCCUGCGUGGCAGCGAAUCCGACAUAUUCAUGGAGCACGCUCUGUCGAAGCUGGAACUGCUGCUGACAAGAGGUAUUGUGCCUGUCGUUGUCUUCGAUGGCCCCAUCUCGCCGAUCAUGAAGGAGGGUGUACGACGCGAGCGCCGUGACAAGAAAGAAAUCGCUCAGGCAACGGCCGCGUGCCUUCUGGACGACAACCAGCCUGGGCUGGCCGCCGAGGCACUCCAGGCUGGCCUUUACGUGUCCUUCGCAAUGCGAACACGCAUGGCGAGGUUGCUCGCCGAAAUUGGAGUCGAACACGUGAUUGCCCCCUAUGAGGCAGACGCCCAGCUGGCGUUCCUCGCGCGCACCGGACAGAUUGAUGCUGUACUAACGGAGGACAGCGACAUCGUGGCUCUCGGCGUCAAAGACGUGCUGCUCAAGUUCGGCAGGAAUGGCGAAAGGUGUGGUCAGCGCAUUCGGUUCGAGGAUCUCGGGGUGACUUUGGACGAACUCCAGGUUGCUGCCCACCUCAGUGGCAGUGAUUAUCUCCCAAAGUCAUCAGUGCACCACAUACGCGGCAUGGGCUUCGUCAGGGCCAUGAAACUGGUUCGAGCAGCACCAAACCUGGAGCAUCUGCUCCAAGCACUGGAAGGGAGCAUCAAGUACACCCUUCAUCCAGCCUUUCGCCAGCAACUCCUGAACUCGCUGUAUGCAUUUCGAUGUCAGGCUGUCCUCAACAACGGCAACCUCGAAGAGCAGACGGGCCGGUGGUCCGACUUUGUGGGUGAGGUGGCGCCCUCGCAGGACCUGUGGCCUGAACGUGCCGCGGCGCAGGCACAAUGUGCGUCUGCAGCGCAGCCAGUUGACGACACCCCCUCCGCGCACGUUGCAACACGCUUGAAGAUCUUGCACUCGCUUGUCAAAGCUGGUGUUGCUGGCCCGGCACAGCACCCAUUUCCACAGCCCUUGCCACCCACCGCAGAGCAGGUUCAGGUGACAGCUGCCGUCAUUUCGUACGUGAAGGAGCACCCCUGGAUGUCAUCGGAACUUACUCUUCGAGCCGUUCUCAAUAUUGUGGACGACUGGCAGGUCACCCUGUCGUACUACGGAGACUUCCUUCGGGUCGCUGCGCACCUGCUCCGAACACCCGCCGACCAGAGACUGCAAGCGCUCCUGAGGGCCGAGGACUUUAAAGUCGGCAUUACAAAUCUCACCAAGAACAGGAGGAGCCACUACACACAAAAACAAAUGGCGUUCGUCCCAAUCCUGCAGGUGCAGUGCGACCGAAAGGUCGCACAAGUCCUGGAGGCGCUUGUAACGACGUUGAGCUUCGAUGGAACGAGCAGCCUCUACGACGCAACCAACGGCCUGUCUGUCUGUUUUGGCGACUUUGGGGCCUCUCAUAUCUGGGACUUCGCAGUGGCAGGCAAGUCCUGGAACCAUGCGGUGCUCGGAGAGGAGAAGGUGCGCAGCGUGAUGGCCACCGCACGUGCCGCAAUCACACCAGAGCAGCGGCACAGCUACAGCAAAAAGGGCGGGAUGGUCACGAAGACACGACGCGAGGAGAAGAGGCAAGAAGAGGCAAGAAGGCGCGGUGUGAGUGUCCAGCAGCUGCUUGAGAUGAAGGAAGAGGAGAGAAAGGCACGGAGAAGAGUUGUGGCAGAAGAAUACAGGUUAAGGAAGAAACAGCAGCCUGGAAUUUACCCUCUCCCUCGAGCACAUUGCAAAGUGUGCCAGAGAGACUUCAAGAAUGUCACCUACUUCGAACAGCACCGUCGCGGCAAGCAGCAUCGAUUGCGCGUCCAGGAGCAGCAGCGGCGGCAGCAACAGCAACAGCAACAGCAACAGCAACAGCAACAGCAACAGCAACAAGAAGAGCUUGAUCAAGACCAGCAACAAGAGGAGCAACCACAGCAGCCACAGUGCCACCAACAGCAGCAGCAGCAACAGCAACAACAACAAGAAGACCCUGAACAAAACCAGCAACGACAAGACCAGCAACAGCAACAGCAACAGCAUCCCGAGGAAGGCCGUGUGCUGCUCGACGCUGACAUGGCACAUGCAUUUUUCUCGGGGAGCGUGUCUGCAGGAGGGACCUCCGUGCGCGGCCCGGAUACAUUGGCGACUCAGGCCGCCACUCGGGCUUCCUUCACCCGUAACACAGCGGCCAAUGGCACAGGAACGACUGCCAUUGAUUGUCACGCGGUCUGUGAAGGGACACCGGCCGAUGUUGCAGUGCACCUCAGCGCUCCACGCGCGACUGGCCCUACUCAUGCGUCGCCUGAGCUGUCGCUUGUGCAACACCCACCCCGACACAUGACCGCAGCCAAGCAGCUCACGAUGCCCUCAUCAUUUGCACCACAGCAACAACAACGGCCUUUCAAACAGCUCAAGCAACAACUCAAACGUCAACAGCGGCGGCAAGGACAGCGCAAACGACAACUCAAGCGGCUGCAGCAGCACCAGCAGCUUCCGCAGCAGCGGCGGCUACUGCAGCAAAUUCGACGACACCGACUCGUGCUCAAGCAGCGACAACUUCUGCUUCAACAGCUUCGACAAGAACCCGCACGACAGCCACAACGGCGACGACUUGCGCAGGACUUCGCCAGCGUGCAGGCUGGGACACACAAGGGAAGCUCAGAUUCGCAUAGCCACCCUGACGAGGAAGCAGAAGCCAAUGACCACGGGGAAAGCACGCAGUUGCCGUCCAAGAGGGCCAAAACCGUCGCUCCUUUGGACGGAGCCACGCCACAGACUCCAAGCACACCAUCCCUGCUAGCACGGCGCCCCUGA